UUUUACUAAAUUUUCAAUAACAAAAAUUACUGGAAAUGUUUAAAAAAUCUGCUUUUCUCCAAGAUAUUAUGAAUAGAAUAGGUUCGCAGUAGCAGACGUGUCCUUGUGUUUACGAUUUGGAUUCAGUAGUAGGAAGCGGAGACCGCGCAUGCGUGGUUUUCUUUUUCAGUAGUGAUGUAGAAAAUGGCGUCGACGAAGUCGCUGGAAGAUAUGCUGCUGUCUUCAGACAUCGACGAGUCGGCGGUGAGUGCACUUGUCGGAUCUCUGGAAUCCCAGCUGUCAUCAUCAGAUGCACACUACCCCCGAAAUGAAUUAUCAGCAACAUCUAUGAACAAUAAUCAUAUACAAAAUGCAUCUGUGGCAGACUGCACGACGAGAAUGCCUGAUGCACAGAAACAUGGUGCACUUUUAGGCAGUUUAUUAGAGCAAGGUAGUCAAAACACGAACAAAACCUUAGUAAACUCUCAAAUCAUGGGUCUCAACUCUGUAUCGUCCCAGAAUUUAUCUAAUGCCGUUAUAGUUUCUUUAGCUGGGGCCCUGCCUGCAAGUGGUUAUUUAAAUCAGGUUAGCUCAACGCAACAGGCCUUACUGAACUCUUCCGUAGUGAGCAGGCACGUAAGCAGUGCUGAUAUUAAGUUAGUUUAUUCACCUCACUCCACAACAUCAGCGUUUUCCCCGCAAGUUACUUCAUCUAUAGUGACUUCUGGUGUUAUAACGAACAAUAUCAACCGCAAUAACUACAAAGUCACCACUCUGCAGAACGGCAGUCCGAACUUCAGCGCGGGACAACAAAUUGCCACCGCAACGUCGUCGGGUGGCCCAGUUUUAUCGGGGCCGCAAGUGAGUGGUGCAACUAUGAGUGCAAUGCAAAAUUUGGCGAAUAUAGCAUCCCAACAACCUCGCAUACAAGUUGCGAAUCCUGGCGGACAGCACUUGGCCCAACAGCAAUUGAAUGCCUUAAACGCCAAGAACCCGCCUCCUCGUAACCCAGUGGACACAAAAGUGAAGCAAAAUGUCAUCAACAAUCAUGCUAAUUCAGCAACUGACCAUCAACAUUCCCCGUCCCCUACAAUGUCCAAUCACUACCAAGUCCUAAGUGGUAGCCAGGCUGCAUCUGUGAUCACAACAAAAACAACUCAAGUGUCUCAUAUGUCAAGCCCAUCUGUAAAUGUUGUGACUCAAGUUGUGUCAAAUCCAAGCAUGUUAGCUCCCGGUGUACAAAUUGUGAAUGUAAAUUCAACACGCUUUGGACAAAAAACCCUUGCACCAAGAGGGCUUUUAGUUGGAAACCAGGUUCGAAUUGCUCCUCAGAUGAUUCGACAAGGUACACCUGUAGUUCCUGGACAAGGUGCUAUAGCUUUACCACCAGGUAUGCGAUCAGCUAUUGUGGUUCGAGCUGAUGGUAGUCAAUAUCAUCUUUUCAAUGUGUCACCUCCUGGUGGAAUACAGGCAAGCAAUGCUAAUUCCCCAAAUACAACAUAUAGGCUACAAUCAUUAUCGGGGACAGCAGUGCCUGGUAUUAUUAGGACACUAUCACAUCAGCAAGUUGUCACAGUUCCAGUUUCAUCUGCUGCUGUUAAAACACUUCAGACUGGCCCUGGAAGUAUUGUUAGAACUAUCUCACCACAGCAGAUGUCUUCAUCAUCACAAGUUAAAAGUCAGCCUUCUACAGUAGUGAGCACCGUUUUACAACAGACAACUACCAGUAUUACUAGAAGCACUUCAUCUGCUGCAACAUCUUCUGGCCAAAUGUCCCCUGAUACAAUUAAGACAAAAUGCCAGAAUUUUCUCAGUACAUUGAUCAGAUUAGCUGGUGAUGAAACUACUAAAACUGCAUCUAAUGUCAAAAAGCUUAUACAGAACCUCAUUGAUGGGGUUAUAGAACCGGAGGAAUUUUCAACGCAACUGCAAAAAGAAUUGCAGUCCAACCACCAGCCAUAUCUUAUUCAUUUUUUAAAAAAAAGCUUGCCACAUGUUCGACAAGCUUUAAUUAGUGGGGAGAUGACGAUAGAAGGGAUCCGUCCUCCACCUGUGCCUGCCUCUAUGCAGAGUCUUGUUCCAACCACUCAAAUUGGAACUCUCAGGCCUAUUCUUGCUCCUACAACUCGUGGAAUCGUAAGCAGUACUGGAGGAAAUAGUGCCUUAGCAGCUCAACUCUCUCAGCCUUUGAGUGGCAAUACUAUUUUAACUCAAAGGCUUAUUUCUCCUCAUGUUCCUCAAAGUAUAGCCAGACCUGUACGACCCAUUACCAUUGUUUCCACCACCGGCUCAUCUACAUCAUAUAGUGGCUUAGUUCAGAGUUCUCCUGCUACUGUUGGAGCUCUGCAAUCAAAAAUUGUUUUGCCUAAACAAGUUUCUAUCAUUAAGUCUACCUCAACACCUAAAGAAAAGAAAUCAUUUGUUUCAGUUAGGGAUGAAGAUGACAUCAAUGACGUUGCUGCAAUGGGUGGUGUUAAUUUGGUUGAGGAAAGCCAAAGAAUUCUAGCUACCAAUUCAGAACUCAUUGGAAGUCAAAUUCGUUCGUGCAAAGAUGAUAAUCAUUUUCUGUCUAGUUCAUUGCAUCGGAAAGUGUUACAAAUUGCUAAAAAGCAUGGUCUGGAAGAAGUGCGAAGUGAAGUAGUAGAUCUCAUUUCUCAUGCCGCUGAAAAAAGAUUGAAAACAAUCAUAGAAAAAUUGAGUAUAUUAGCUGAACAUAGAUGCGAGAAUCCUAAGAAUGAUCCACGUUAUGAAGUAACUAAUGAUGUUAAAGCUCAAAUAAAGUUCCUAGAAGAAUUGGACAAAUUGGAAAAGAAGCGUCAUGAUGAUCAAGAAAAGGAAAUUUUACUUAAAGCUGCAAAGAGUCGUUCUAAAUUAGAAGACCCAGAGCUUUUGAAGUUAAAGCAGAAAGCUAAAGAAAUGCAACGAGCUGAAAUUGAAGAACUGAGGCAACGUGAAGCAAACAUGACAGCUUUGCUUGCAAUUGGACCUCGAAAGAAGUUUAAGCCUGAUCCUGGGUCAAUGUCUGGUGAUCAAGCAGGAAAUGGUGAAUCUUCUGGCUCAAAUAAUUCUGGUCCAAAACCUCCGGUCCGACCACGUGUCAAGAGAGUUAUCCUCAGAGACUUAUUAUUUGCUAUGGAAAAUGACUCUAAAACGAUCAGACGACCACUUUUAUACAAGUAUUAUGCUAGAUAGUAUUUCAAGGAGCUCUUUAAAUGUUCUGGAAUCAAAUAUAACUAUGCACAAAUAUUAAGUGUCUAUCGGAGAAAAAUGGAUGGGGAAGUGUUUGUUAACACAUGACUUUACUAAGUAUAAUUGCCCAUCCACUCCCCAAAAAGUAGUGAGAAAAAUAUAAUUCUUUCUGUCAAGGAAAGGCAAAAACAUUUCUUCAUUGUGAAUAUUUUUUUAUUGCAAAGAUUGUGGUACAUAUAUUCUCUAUAGGUGGUCCUCACUCAAUUCCUCUGUACUUAUAGAGUUUAGCAUUUGUGUUUUUACUAUUUUUUUUCUUUUGAAAAUACGAUUUUAAUGUGUAUGUUAAUUAUUAUAUAAGUCUUAUAAUGUGAAGCAAAACAUAAAUGCAGUGGCACGACUUGUCAAUUUUAUUUGUUGAUUGAAAUGUUAUUUUAUUAUGCAGAGAAUAGAUAGUUUUUUCAGUGAUAAAAUGUUUAAAUCGUGAUAAAAUAUUGUUGAGCUACUGUCAUAUAUGCAACUAAGUUGCAGAAACAAAAUGAAAUGACUUGGCUUUUUAGCAUAUAAAGAAACUUUUUAAAAGAUUUUUUACAUCUUUUUAUACAAUUAUAUCAAGGGUUUUACAGACUAUUAAAUUUACAGUUGGCAAUUUGAUACAUGUAAAAAAAUUGCACUUUUCUUGUAUUUAUCUUCAAGAUUGCUUUA